GAUGGGGCUGAGGUCUGAGUCCGCCGACGGAGAAGUCAAAGACUAGUCGGAAGCAGUCGAGCGUUAAGCCCAACGCCAUGUGCAGGGUCCAAACUGAUAGUCCGGUCUUUGUUCAUUUAGGUGCAUUACUCCGUUCACCCUCGGGGACCACCACCCUCAUCACAAGGAUUAUCAUGCAUGGUCAGCAUGUUGACCAAACCCUCAGUGAUACUGCACACACUGUGAAAAUCUUCGUUUAGAAUGUGCAGGGGCCCUUUCGCCCGCGGUUAAGGUGCAUACCAUCAUGCAUGACCU